UUUUUUUUUUUUUUUUUUUACCUCAGUAUCACAACACCGAGCUAAAGUACAACGCGGAAUCAAAGUGAAUCGUUUUUUCUCCACCUGAGUUACCCGAGACUUGUCUGACACUUUCGACGUCAGUCAUGGCUGCCCAGUGUGUGACCAAGGUGGAGCUCACCGUGUCCUGUGAGAACCUGCUGGACAAAGACAUCGGCUCCAAGUCUGACCCCCUGUGUGUCCUUUUGAUGAGCAGCUCAGACUCCAAGUGGUAUGAGGUCGGUCGAACAGAGAAAGUCCAGAACUGCCUCUGCCCCAAGUUUGCCAAAAAGUUUGUCAUCGACUACUACUUUGAAAUAGUUCAGAAGUUGAAGUUUGGCAUCUAUGACAUCGACAACAAGACCGUUGACCUGAGUGACGACGACUUCCUGGGGGAACUGGAGUGCACCCUGGGUCAGGUUGUGUCCAGCAAGAAGCUGACUAGGCCGCUUGUGCUGAAGAACAAGACGCCGGCAGGAAAGGGGACGAUCACUAUAUCUGCAGAGGAAAUAAAAGACAACAGGGUUGUGAAUUUUGAGGUGGAGGCAAGGAAGCUGGACAACAAGGAUUUCUUUGGGAAGUCGGACCCAUAUUUGGAAUUCUACAAGCUGGCAGAUGGUGGCGCCUGGCAGCUGGCUCACAGGACGGAGGUGGUGAAGAACAACCUGAAUCCAACCUGGAGACCCUUUCGAAUCCCCCUGCAGUCGCUGUGCGGAGGCGACAUGGAGAAGUCCAUAAAAGUGGAGUGCUACGACUAUGACGACGACGGCUCCCACGAUCUCAUCGGAACCUUCGAGACCACGAUGAAGCGGCUGCAGGACGCGUCUCGGACCUCUCCGGCGGAGUUCGAAUGCAUCAACAGUAAAAAGAAACAGAAGAAGAAAGGCUACAAGAAUUCCGGUGUUGUGUGUGUGAAGCUGUGCCAGGUAGUGAAGGAGUACACCUUCCUGGAUUACAUAAUGGGAGGCUGCCAGAUCAACUUCACCGUGGCCAUCGACUUCACAGGCUCCAACGGGGACCCCAAGUCCCCUCAGUCCCUGCACUACAUCAGUCCUCAGGGGGUGAAUGAGUACCUCUCUGCCAUCUGGUCUGUGGGCAAUGUCAUCCAGGACUAUGACAGUGACAAGAUGUUUCCCGCCUUUGGCUUUGGAGCCCAGAUUCCACCCACGUGGCAGGUUUCCCACCAGUUUGCUCUCAAUUUCAACCCCUCCAAUCCGUUCUGCGCAGGUGUCGAAGGUGUGGUGGAGGCCUACAGGGCGUGCCUGCCUCAGGUCAAGCUCUACGGCCCCACCAACUUCUCCCCCAUCAUCGACCACGUGGCCUGUUUUGCCAAACAGGCCCUCCAGCAGACCACCGCUUCACAAUACUUUGUCCUGUUGAUCAUCACCGACGGGGUGAUCACCGACAUGGACCAGACACGCAGCGCCAUCGUCAACGCCUCCCGGCUGCCCAUGUCCAUCAUCAUCGUCGGCGUGGGGGAGGCGGACUUCAGCGCCAUGGAGUUCCUGGACGGCGACGACGGCCGCCUUCGGUCUCUAAGCGGCGAAUCCGCCACGCGAGACAUUGUCCAGUUCGUGCCCUUCAGGCAGUUCCAGAAUGCACCCAGCCAGGCCCUAGCCCAAAGCGCUCCCCGUGAGGCUCUGGCAAAGACCGUGUUAGCCGAGGUUCCCACCCAGCUGGUGGACUUCUUCAACCUCAUGAAGCUCAGUCCGCCCAACUCUAACCCAGCCCCAGACCCGGCGGGAGCCGUGUGAAGGCCUGAGGAACCAAAGCCACUACCUUCUUCCCCCGUAUGUACUCUGCUCAGCGUCACAGCUAUCUACACCGCAAAGCUGUUUAAAAAGUUAUUUUUUAAAGUUUGUGCACUUAAUAAUCACUGAUAGGAAAAAAGCCAAGAAUUUUAAAGCUUAAUCAUUAUAUUGUAAUAAUAACUGAAAUGUAGCCUCUAUAGAAAAUAUUCUAAUCUUCCCUUUUGCCCACCGAUUAACUAUAAAAGGAGUUUGAAACUGAAGGAGUUUCCUGACUAGAGAAUCUGAUUACGAACACUAUUAAGCCUCUUGUUAGCAAACUAGCAAGUUCUUUGCGUAGCUCUUCCUUCGUGUAAAGCUUAGCGUUCAUGUGCCAGCUCAAGGCCCGGCAGAUUUUCAGAUACAGUAAAUUCCCCCAGCUGGGUGUCCCAAAAAUUCUGUCAUGACUCUGAAAUCUGCUCCACAGAUUUGUUUGCCUAUGCAUUGUCACCACUGAAAUCUGGGGCCGUCCUUUUUUUUACAUCCUAAGAGAAUGAAUUACAGUUGUUUUUUGCCACAUAGCCUUUUUCAUAGUUAUUUUGGCACAUGGAAUAUAUAAAUGUAUAUUUUUUUUAUUGAUGGUAUAUUGUUUACGUCUCUCUAUGCACGGAUAUAAUAACCAAACUUAUUUAUAACCGAUAUUGUUCAGUUAUUUUAACUAAAACAAUUGCCAAACCCAUAAAAUGGAAUAAUAUAACUGGAAGGCCAUCUGAUUAUAGGUAUGUAUUACUUUGUAUUAUACAGAUCGGGCUGCAUUGUGGUGUGGUGGUUAGCAAGAGGGUUCCCGGUUCAGAUUCAUGGGGGACCGGGGGUCUUUCUGUGUGGAGUUUGUGUGUUUUCCCCUGUACAUGGACUAGUCGAUCAGAUAAUCUUUUUAAUUAUUGUAUGGUAAAACAGAAACAUUCAGUAUUAAAAUAACUAGCUCUUUCAAAUCUAAAUCAGGUGUUUUUAUUGUGUUUUUCCAUCGGUGUAACGUUUUUUUUAUUCAUAUUAAAUGUUUGACACAUUCCAGUUUCUGUGUACUGCUCUCUGCAUUAAGGCUGCAAAUAAAACUUCUGAUUCUACGCCACUUAUUGAAAGUUUUUUUCUUUUUAAGGAGAGCAUCAGACCUGAUUGUGUGUUAAAUGCUGUCUGACACCUAGUGGAGAGCAAGUUAAAAACACCAGCAGAAUGAACCCUUAAAGUCUGUAUGUAUUGUUUUUGAUUGACAAACUCUAGGAGACAUCAUCAUACACUCCGAACUGU